CUCGCCUCAUCACCACCUCGCGUCACUGCUCGCCUUGCUCGAGAGAGAGAUCGAGAGAGAUCGGGCGAUCUGGUAGCUCCUAGCUCUUGCGGUUGAGGUGUUCUUGUGGGGGAGGAGGAAUCCGGCGGUCGUGUUUCCAGGCGGCGGCGGCGGCGGCGUUCUGGCCGGAGUUGGGGGAGACGAGCGAGCGAGGCGGCGGCGGCGUGGUUGAUCGAUCUUGGGGUUGCUUUGCUUGCUUGCUAGAUUGCUGUUUGGAUCUUUGGAUGAAUCACGGAGUUCAUCUCGAUUAGCUUUCGUGAAGGUUUGAUUUGUUUGGGGGGAUUUUAGUAGCAGAACAGCUUGAAAAGAGAAAAGGGAUUUUUAAUUAGUAGCAGAACAGCUUGAAAAUAAAGCUCGGAUUAUUUGUCUGGUGUUCUUUCUAGCUUGUUACUGAUCAGUAAAGAUUUGCCAGCUAUAGCUAGGGCUUUAUAAAUACAAGUUUCUCUUACUGCCAUGGCUGGUCACCAAGGAGGAAGCAGGCCACUUGAUCAGUUCUUCGACCGCAUGGAGACGAUGAGCGAGCUCGGCUUCGUGGGGAGCGACGUCGACGACGGCGAGCACGGCGGCGGCGGCGCCGCCCCAUCGAUGUGGGACAAUCUCGCCGGCGGCGGCGGCGGCUCCGCCGUGGCAGCUACUACUCCGGCGAACUUGCUGCAGCAGCAGGAUAUCCCAGGUGAACACAUGUCCGCUCCAGAUGAAAAGGCGCCUACUGAGGUUGCAGGCAUGCCCUUUUCUUGGGAUAUGCAGUCUGAAGCAGCCAAAUAUUUUGGAAACUUUGACACAGAGAUCCAAGCUUCUUGUCAGACUCAAGAACCAUCAUACAGAGCCAUUUAUGGAAGCUGCAAUUCUGGCCAAAUGAUUGGACUAGGGGAUUCACAAUAUAAACUGGCUGGGUCAUCCUCAUCUCAAAGCCUCUAUAGUGAUAACUUCUCUGAUGCCACUGGAUUCAACCAGCUGAAGCUUCAAAAACAAACAAGUGCUGAUGGAAACACCGAAUCCUGGUCAGAACUGAACAGAGAUGCCAUUGGAGGUUUAUCAGGUAAAGGGAGUCCACUAGCCAAAUCAGGAAAGCAGCUUGAGCAACGUAUGGCGAAGGCUCUUUCUGCUCAGCCAUACCACCCUGUAUUUCCUGUGACUCAAGGUGUUAGUUCCAGCAAUUCAUCUUCCCAACAUGUUGUGAGUUCAUCAGGAGAGGCCAAAUAUAUUGGAAAUUCUGGUCAAGAAAUGCAAGUUGCUUGUGAAACUGCAAAAGAACCAUCACAUAGAGCCUUAUAUGGAAGCAAAAACCCUUAUCAACUGACUGGACUCAGUGAUCUCCGUGAUAAAAUCAUUGCCUCAUCUUCAUUUGAAGGAGUCAAUACUGGUAGCCUCACUAGCACUUUGUCAGGGAUGAACUUGCCAACCAACAGUGCUAAAGAAAACACUGAAUACAACCAACUGAAGCUUCAGAAACAAAUAGAUGGUUAUCAGAGGUUUGAAUCAGGCUCAGGAUUAAACAGGGAUGAUGCUGGAGAUAUAACUGUAACAGGAGUUCCACAACAAGUGCAGGUUGGGCAAAACAUGGUAAAUGCUCUUUCUGCUAAGCCCUACCAUCCUGUGUUUUCUGUCUCACAUGGUACAAGUGCCAGUUCAUCUUCACAACACCCAUAUAUGGCGAGACAGUUGCUAGAGCACCCUGAAUACAAUCCAAGGAUGCAUCGCACCCAUCCUUCAUUGCAACCAACAAUCGAAGCUGCAUCCACCUCAAUGACAUCCCAUGUUAAAGAGCCCUGUUACCAAGAAAAUGUUGGGGAUAGCAACCCAGGUAUGUCCCUGCUUCGCAGCACAGCUGUUUCCUCCAGGGAUGUAGAGAACAAAUCUCCCAACCUGGGUGAUAGGGUGCAUGCUGAUGUUUCGGAAAUAUACUCCACUUUGGAUCACCAAACUUCAGCUAACAGCAUGCAGAUUCAGUAUGCUCCUCAGGUUGUAAGGCAACCAUCACAACAGUCCCUGCAUUCUGAUGUUACAGAAACAUAUUCAGCUUUUGGUCAUCAGUCUGCAGCCAGCAAUAUACAGAGGCAGUUUGCUCCUCGGGUUACAAGACAAGCAUCACACAGGUCCCUAUAUGAAAGCAGCAAUAGCAGUCUAUGGACUGGACCUCAUGAUGAUUCCCAGAUGGAACUGUUCAGGCCAUCCUCGUCUCGCAGAAUUAGUACUAAUGUCAUCUCUGGUGAAUUGCCAAGGAUCAACUUGCAGAGUGAGACAAUGAUGGGAAAUGCUGAUUUCAACCAGCAAAAUCUUCGGAGACAAAUUUCUCUCCGUGAAAACACUGAAUCUCACUCUUUUGGCACAUAUAACGAGUUGCCAAGAACAUCUUCCUUUUUGCGCCGUCAAAGCUCUGAAUCCUCACAACUGAAUAGUGCUUCUGUCAAAUGUUCACCAGGUUCUGGUAGCUCAUCAACCACGAUGGGUCCUCCUCGCCCUUUCAAUACAGUAUCAGGAGGUGCCAGUUCUCUGCUAGGAAGUCCUCUUUCUUCCAUGUCUGGAGGUUCAAGUUCUGGUGGUAAUCCUGAUCAUCAGGGCACUGUUUUAUCUUCAAUAUACCAACCAGAUGGAUACAAUAUUAAUUCCACCUUGCCUCUAAGAAUGAGAACACAUGCAAGGGAGGCCUAUGCCACAUCUGUUCUACCUCAAGCCACAAGGCGAAGCCACCAAGUGAACUUUGAUUCUGCAGAACGGAGACCCCAAUAUGUUCAACAAAGGGGUCUGGAUGACACUAUAAAUUCAAACAUGUUGAGUGCUCGGCAGCAGUUUCAGAGGCAGGUUGAAAGGCAGCUUCAGAGGCAACUUGAAAGGCAACUUCAGAGGCAACUUGAAAGGCAACUUCAGAGGCAGGUUCAAAGGCAGCUUCAGAGGCAUCAUGAGAGAGCAGCUGCAUCUGAAGCACAUCCAUUUUAUGGCAAUGAUGAGACUUCUGUCAGGAUGAACCCAACUGAGGAAUUUCUUGAUAUAGUAAAGGAUCAUGAAGCAUUCUUCCUUUCAUUUUAUCAUCCUUCUCGUAUUCCAGCCCGUGUCAUGAAUACAGUAGAUCAAUGCUAUGGUGUUGAUAUGGAAAGGGAGAUGCCACAUCAAGAGAGUCAUCCAACACCUGGCUGUGGUACUGAGCUUUCUCAUAAGAAUGACACUUCAGGUUUUGAAAGAUCUGAUGUGGAUGUCGCACACAUACAUGAUUCCAAAAGGCUAAAUAAUGAGGAACUCAAUGCCCUUCUAUUACAUAGGAAGUUCAGCAGCUUAAACAAAGGGAAUUACCGGCUUUUUCACAUAGAAGGCCAUGUGCUUCAAUGCAGCAUUGAUCAGUGUGGGAGCCGCUUUAUACAGCAGAAGCUUCCAACAGCGACACCUGAUGAGAAACUCAUGGUCUUUAAAGAAAUCAUGCCUCAUUUUCUUGAAAUGGUGACUGAUGUAUUUGGAAAUUAUGUGCUGCAAAAGAUGAUCGAGCAUGGAGCCCCAUUUCAAAGAAGGGAAAUUACAGCUUGCCUUUUUGGAAGUGUUUCGAGCUUAAGCUGUCAACUAUACGGGUGUCGAGUAGUCCAGAGGGCUGUAGAGCUUAGUGAUCUAGAUCAGAAGAUACAGAUUGCCAAGGAGCUCAAUAGUAAUAUCAUGAAAUGUAUACAUGACCCAAAUGCAAACCAUGUUGUCCAGAAAUGUAUAGAGCAUGUGCCACCACGAUUCAUACAGUUCUUUGUGGAGAGCAUGUAUGGGCGUGUUGUGGAGUUAUCAGUCCAUCCAUACGGAUGCCGUGUCAUCCAGAGAAUUCUGGAGUACUUUGAUUCAUCGAUCCAGGAGAUCUUUCUAGAAGAGAUUAUAGAGGAGGUUUACUAUAUGGCGAAAGAUCAAUACGCUAACUAUGUUGUGCAGAACAUAUUGCAGCACGGGAAAGCCCUUGUGCGAUCUGCAAUUAUAAAGAAAUUUAUUGGGAGAGUUGUGGCCAUGAGCAAGCAAAAAUUCGCCUCUAAUGUCAUUGAAAAGUGCUUAAUAUUUGGUAGCUAUGAUGAAAAACAGAAGAUCAUUAAUGAGGUCAUCGGCACAACGGACCUCGUCAGAAGUGGUGAAACCGAGGCUCUUGUGGUUAUGGUGAACGACCAAUAUGCUAACUACGUUGUACAGAAGGUGAUUGAAACCUGCGACGAGUGGCAGCGGAAGCUAAUACUCAGGCGCUUGAGGGCGCACCACAGCCUGCUUCACGACUGCACCUAUGCAAAGCACGUCGUGGCACGACUGGAUAGGCUCAUCGAUAUCGGGGAGCGCAAAAUGGCGAAUCCCAGGCGCCCCAGGCGACAUGGGAAAGAUCCUGUGCCACCACUGACCUAGAAAUGAGCUCGAGUAAAUCAGCUGAAGGGGACGACGGUGACCUCUGUCCACUGCUGCUUCUGUCUGCAGCUUACUGAAUCCUACUACUGCGGUAAAUUCGACGAUCAAUCGAGACUGCUGAGAUGAUGAACUGGUCAUGAACUCUCUGUAAUGUUAGUGAAUAAUGGAUGUGAAGAUCGAAUGAACAUUUGGAUAUCUGUAAUGUCACUUGAACUCUGGUAACUGCGAGGUCUAUUCUACCUGUGUUUGUAAGGGGAGGAGACUUUACUAUGCCUGUCAGAGACAUGUA